GGCCGGCCGGCCUCACCUCUCUGAUUGGGGCUGCAGGGGCCAGGCUGGCUGAAGGCGUGCACCUCCUCACUGGCCCGGCCCAGCCCAGCAAGACCCUGAGCCCGCGACCCUUCCCUGCGGUGGCUGCCGAGCUGCGGGGUGAGGAGCCAACCAUGCCGUGUGCUCAGCCCUGAGGCGACCGUGAGUCAUGGAGCGCCUGGCCGGAGUGACCACUGAGGAGCCAGCCAUGAGGGGCGCCAGGGCCACGAGCAGAGGCGUCAUGGCAACUGGCUAUGUUACAGGCCCAGCUCCUGCCCCAGGCUGUGCCGACCCAGCUGCUGAGAGCGCUCCUGGCCAGAUGGGGACGUAUCCCACAGACCUCACUCUGCAGCUGCUGGCUGUGCGGAGGAGGAGUGGGCAGCCAGCUCCAGGCCUGCAGCGGGUCCUGCGACACCGGCUGCGCCUGCUGGAGAGCGACAGCCGUGAGGUGGCCCGUGCACUUGGGGAGCUAUCGGCUAGGCUGCUGUCUGUCCACAGCGACCAGGAGCGAAUUGUGGUGACAUUUAAGACUUUUGAAGAGAUCUGGAAGUUCUCCACGUACCACGCCCUCGGGUUCACACACCAUUGCCUGGAAACCCUGCUGGUGGAGCCGGCCUUCUGGCUGCCGGUGCCCGGGGAGGAGGACGCGCAGGAGCUGGCCAUCUGUGUGCACGUGGACAAGGACACUCUGAGGCUGAUCCAUGAGAACCUCCUGCUGCAGGAAGGGUCCUUCUUUGUCCUGUGUUCUGAUGGCCACGUGAGAGCGACGACUGGUCCCCUGGCCGCAGAGAAGGACACUCCUCUGCCUCUUGGGCUGGCCUUGGAGGUCCCACAGGGAGAGGGGACCCUGGAAGCCAGCUUCUCGCCCACUGACCCCAGCACAAUCUCCAAGGAGGAGGUGGCCACAGCUGCGCCAGAGCCUCUGGCUCCAUUCCAUCAGUGGGUGCUCAGGGCUUCCUGGGAUGCCAUGGACGAUGCCCUGCAGGGAGCCAUGGUCUCCAACAGCACAUUUAUGACAGUGGGCCUGGCCUCGGCACUGGCUGACUAUCAGGCCACGGGGCCCGAGGAGAUGAGCUUCUGUACUGGCGACCUCAUUGAGAUCCUGGGUGCCCAGGUGCCUGGCUUGCCCUGGUGCUUGGGUCGGCAUGUGGCCUCUGGCCAGGUGGGCUUCCUGCCAAGCAGCCUCGUCCGUGGGCAGCAACCUACAGCAGCUGAGGCCAGCCCCUUCCUCAGUGAGGCGGAGAGCACCUUCUUCUGCCAGGAAGCCCGCUUCUCCAACGAGGAUGCCCGGCAGCUGCUGCAGGGCUUGGCUGGCCCCGGCAUGUGCGCCGCCUACAGCCUGGAACGGGUAGAUGACGCUGUGCGGGAGCAGCCAGGAACACGAGAAACACCUCCACCUAGCCCAGACCCCACGCCGAGGGAACUGCUGCAGAGAGUGAACAAUGUUCUGGAAAGGUGCAGAGCCCAGCUCAGCUGCCCGGAGGAGAAGGAGCCGGUGACCCCAGGCCUCCGCCUGGUGUCUGGCAGCAGCACGAGCUCACCAGACCCUGAGGAGCCCUCCUUCCGCCUGGCCCCUGAGGGCGAUUGGGCUGACCCCCAGGGCCUGGACGCACUGCUGCAGUUCCUGGACGCACCCGGGUAUGUGGCCUGCUUCCGCGGCCUCUAUGCCGCCUCGCUGCCCUGGCUGGGCAGUGUGUUCCGCAGCAUUCCUGAUGAAGAGGCACUGGCCAGGCACCUGGCACAGGCGCGUGCGGUGGCCAAGGAGGCUGGCCUCAGCAUGGCCCUGGCCAGGCUGUGCUAUCUCCUGGGCCGGCUGUGCGCCCGGCGCCUCAAGCUCUCCCAGGCCCGCGUGUACUUGGAGGAAGCUCUGGGGGCGCUGGGGGGCAGCUUUGGAGACCUCUUCCUGGUGGUGGCCGUGCACGCCCACCUGGCCUCCGUGUACCUGAAGCAGAACAGGGCGCGUUGUGGCCGGACUGUGGCUAGAGCGGCUGCCCUGCUGCUGGCCACGCCCGGCCACGUGUGCAGCACAGACUCCGAGGACCAGCUCCUCAAGUUUGCGCUGCGCCGGGUAGUUCAGGCCCGGAGCCCGCAGGCCGAAGCCCGCACCUGCUUCCUGUUGGCCAAGCACUACGUCCACUUAAAGCAGCCUGAGGAGGCCGUGCCCUUCCUUGAGCAACUGCUGCUGCUGCCCGGGGCCUCAGGCACCCCGUGGGCCUCGGACUGCUACCUGCUCCUGGCUGCCAUCUACGGCCACAAGUGCCUGCCCUACCUGGCUCUGGGCUGUGCCAGGGAGGCCUCGCUGCAGACCCCAGCCUCGCUGGCCAGCUUGCUCAGGAGCGCCCGCCUAGUCCUACACCACGCUCCCCGGGGCCCAGCCCGCCACCUCCCUGCCCAGACUGCCCACUACCUCCGUCAGGCGCUGUCCCUGGACAUGGACCUGGCCCUGCGUGGCCGCCUCUGCGCCAGCCUGGCCCGGCUGCACAGCCAGCAUGGACAGCACGGCCCGGCCAUUGCCCUCACCCUGCAGGCAGCCGAGGCUGAGGCAGAGGCCAGCGCUGGCGCCCGCCUCGUCGUGGAUGAGCUGGUGAGCCUGGCCUGGUUACACCUGCUCCAUGGGAGGAACAUGGGGGCCCUGGCCAUCCUGGAGGCACUGCAGGAUGCAGCCAUGGCCAGCGUGGAGCAGGAGGGUGCCAUUGCCAACAUGGUGGCCAUAGCGCUCAAGAGGACAGGCAGGACUCGGCAGGCUGCCGAGAGUUACUACCGCGCCCUGCGUGCCGCGCGGGGGCUGGGCCAGAGGCGGAACCAGGCUGUGGUCCUGGCCAACUUGGGAGCCCUGUGCCUGCAGGUGGGCGCGGGCAGGCUGGCCCAACACUACUUCCGGGAGGCCGUGAGGCUCUUCUCACGGCUGCCCAGCGGUGAGGGCGGCCAGGACUUCACCCAGGUGCUGCUGCAGCUGGGCCACCUGUGCACCUGCCUUGCCUGCCCCCAGCAGGGCAAAUGCUACUACCAGUGGGCCUUUCUGGUUGCCGUGGAGACAGACCACCUAGAGGGCCAGCUGCGAGCUGUCCAGCACCUGUGCCACUUCUACAGCAGCGUGGCACCCCGCGAGGCCCAGUGUGUUGUCUACCACGAGUUCCAGCUCUCGCUGGCCCGCAGGGUGGCUGACAAGGCGCUCGAGGGGCAGCUGCUGGAGACCAUCAGCCGGCUCUACCUGUCACUGGGCACCGAGCGAGCCUACAAAUCAGCCCUGGACUACACCAAGCGCAGCCUGGGCAUCUUCAUUGACCUGCAGAAGAAAGAGAAGGAAGCACACGCCUGGCUGCAGGCGGGAAAGAUCUACUACAUCCUGAGGCAGAAUGAGCUGGUCGACCUGUACAUCCAGGUGGCCCAGAACGCGGCCCUGUAUACUGGGGAUCCCAACCUGGGUCUAGAACUGUUUGAGGCGGCUGGGGACAUCUUCUUCAAUGGGUCCUGGGAGCGAGACAAGGCCGUGUCCUUCUACCGGGACCGGGCCCUGCCCCUGGCUGUGACCACGGGGAACCGAGAGGCAGAGCUGCGGCUGUGCAACAAGCUGGCAGCGCUGCUGGCCGCACUGGAGACGCCCCAGGAGGGUCUGGAGUUUGCCCACAUGGCUGUGGCCCUCAGUGUCGCCCUAGGCGACCGGCUGAAUGAGCGUGUGGCCUACCACCGGCUGGCUGCCCUGCACCACCACCUGGGCCGGGGCGAGCUGGCCGAGCACUUCUACCUCAAGGCUCUGUCGCUUUGCACCUCGCCACUCGAGUUCGACGAGGAGACGCUAUACUACGUGAAAGUCUACCUGGUCCUCGGCGACAUCAUCCUCUACGACCUCAAGGACCCAUUCGACGCAGCUGGGUACUACCAGCUGGCACUGGCGGCCGCUGUGGACUUGGGCAACAAGAGCGCGCAGCUCAAGAUCUACACGCGCCUGGCCGCCAUCUACCACGGCGCGCUGGCCGACGGCGAGAAAGCGCUGCUCUUCUACCAGAAGGCGCGGGCCUUCGCCUGUGAGCUCAGCCUCCGUGGGGGCCGGCGCCCGCUCUGAGGGUCGGGGUGCUGGGCCAGGCUGCUCCGUUCCCCUC